UCACCGCCAGCCCGGGUGCUAUAAAAACCACCAGCCUCUAGUCACCUUGGUGCAUACAUCAGGUGUCAUUUUGGCACUUGACGCAGAGCCGUCCAGCCGAGCGCUUUAUCUGCGUGUGCGGAAGUGCCAUUAAUCAUCAGCUGAGGUCACACACGUCUGUAAGCGUUUGUCGAUAGGCAGUGGAUCCCUUUCGUGCACGAACUAGCAAACAACCCCUAAAGUGCACAGUUUGUUCUUCGGAAAAAAAGUUUGGGGUGCGGCACGUAGUGCAAAAUAGGUGAUAUUCGCAGUUAAAGCUCUACAAGCAGGCUAAAAGGUGAAGAUGGAAGACUUGAAGGAACAAUUUCCUGCAUACAACUCCGUGCUGCGACAAUCGAAUGGACAACAAAGACCGUACCACAGCACCGGUCUUCCGGACUGUCCACCCAAUGGGGCAGGAAUACCGGGAAUGGUGAUGAUUGGGCGGAAAAAUGGGCCAGCCGUGCCGCCAAAACCGCGCAAAAAUGGCCAGCAACAAGUUCCUCCUCAGGUCCCGAAAAGCUCAAACGUGAAGCAGUACUGUGAACCAUCGUUCUCCACACUGCUCGAAGGCCAAGCCACCAACCUUGACGAGCAUGCUUACACAAACGUAACGAACGCUACGAACGGAGCGACAAACACUGCCCGUGGCGGUAAGCUGGGGGCGCGUAAGGUCACCCUUGAUGAUGCCCUCGAGUUACAGCACGUCAAAGAAGCGCUGGAACAUCACAAACGUACGCUGGAAGCGAACCGCUCCAAGUCACUCCAGGGCCAAGGCCCGGAGCAUAGUAACACGGUGUACGAAAAUACACAACCAGCAUCGUACGCAGGCAGUUACGCAUCGGACGCAACGUACUCGAAUCUUCCCGGAGCGCCACAUCCCGGACAUCAGGGAGGAAAAAACAAUGAAGGACUGAUCUAUAGCAACAUAAUGCACAACACGAACCCAUCGAAACCGUUUCCUCAGCGACAAAUAUCGGAAGAAUUGCCACCGCCGCCGCCACAGGACAUGCCACUCCAGCUGACUUUGAAUGCACUCAACUUGGAGGAUAACGAUGAUGAAUUCCCACCACCGCCGAGUCCGGUCAGCUCGUCGUACAGCGAGCUAAGGCGAGCUACCGAUCUGCCACAUAUGGGUCGUCAAUCGCAACCCACGUACACGUUGGUGGGUCCCGGUGCUGGAGGUGUCGGUGCACCGGGAGGCCAGACAUACAGUAAUAUGGCUCCGGGAAGUCAAAUUUACGCCAACAACAUGCACCAUCAGUCACUGUACGGUACGUACGGCAUGAGUUCGCAAGGGUCGACCACGUACGAGUCGAUCUACGAACCGAUCAAUCCACGCCCUCCGAGUCAGAUGUCGGGACGAUCGAACUACUCGCUGUACGCGCCGUACGUCAACUCGCACGGUAUCAACAGUCCGAAUGAUAGCAUCAUAACGAGCGCCUCGCAGCAACAGCACCGGGGCCAUGGCGGUAACACGAUGUCCAAGGGUGCCGAAGUGGACACGCUCACGGAUCUGCUGGUACAAUCGAUACAGGACCAGGAAUCGUUCGGCACGUGCGUAAAGUGUGGCGAGCGUGUCGUCGGCGAAAAGACGGGCUGUACCGCGAUGGACAAGAUUUAUCACAUCGCUUGCUUUACGUGCCACCAGUGUCAGAUCAAUUUGCAGGGCAAACCGUUCUACGGACUGGACGGGAAACCGUACUGUAAGGAGGACUAUUUGAACACGCUGGAAAAGUGUUCCGUCUGCUUGAAGCCGAUCCUGGAGCGUAUUCUCCGUGCCACGGGCAAACCGUACCAUCCGCAGUGCUUCACGUGCAUCGUCUGUGGCAAAUCGCUGGACGGCAUCCCGUUCACGGUGGACGCCACGAACCAGAUACACUGUAUCGAUGAUUUCCACAAAAAGUUUGCGCCCCGCUGCUGCGUCUGCAAGCUGCCGAUUAUGCCCGGUCCGGGUGAGGACGAAACGGUGCGCGUGGUGGCGCUCGAUCGCAGCUUCCACAUCAACUGCUACAAGUGCGAGGACUGCGGGUUGGUGCUGUCGUCCGAAGCGGAAGGGCGCGGUUGCUAUCCGCUCGACGAUCACAUACUCUGCAAGAGCUGUAACGCCAAACGGGUGCAAACCCUCACCAGCCAUAUGACGACCGAGCUGUAGAACAGAUUUCACACCACUUUCACGCUAGUGCGGCUUCGCGCAAAAACCGAAGAACUCGUCGCAUCGCAAAAACAACAACAAAACAAACUCUUUGUACUUAAGCAGGGCUAAGUAGAGAUAGUUAAGCCACAAAAUUAAGCCGAUGCGUAAAACAGAUGCAACGAAAACAAAACAAAAAAGGCGAGAAGAAGUUUUAGUCAAAUUUUUGGUGUGUACACACACACACACACACCAAACGAAUUGAAUUAGCACAAAGCAUCAUCAUCGACUGGUUCAUGAUCUUUCCACACAUUCCACACACUUUUUGAAUGCAUUCCACUGUUUCUCGUAUCUCGUAUUUAUAGCUUUUAUUAUAUAUAGUGCGAUAUAUAUAUAUAUAUAGGACCCCGUUUCGCUGUCCAUUAGGAACUAGAUGGUUCUAGACGUUGCUGUUGUUUUCUUAACCAAGUUUAACCACCAUUCUCAUUACCAGGAAGUAGCGAAACUAGCUAGGAGGAGGAGGGUUACGGGAUAAAAUAACGACAACAAAACAAAAAAAACCCUAUGCGUGAUCAGUAAUUGUAGACAGCAACGGUUCAAUGUUGACAGGAUUAACCGUGCAUAGUACUAGUGUUUCUACUACUCUUUUAAACUAACCAUUCCUGCGACCUAGGAUUGUUGUCCAGAUAUGCAUUUAUUCGUCAGUAGCAAAGGAAAAAGCGUUGCGUGUUGCAACUACACACAUUUGCGUAAAACAGUUCGUGUCACUCUCUUGUAUGCGUGUGCUGAAGUUCAGACCGAUAGUUACAUCGUCGCAUAAAAAAGUAAUAGUCUAAAAGGGCAACAAUGAUGUUGAUAUUGCAUUUCUGUCGCUUUAAUAAACACUGUGGCAAAAAAUAA